UAACAAGUGAACCUUUUGGAGAUCUAGAAGAAGACGGUGUUAUUGGUCUUGGGCCUUUAAAUACUCUUGGAUUUAAAGUGAAUGGUGUUAUGCAAUCGAUAAAAGCCCAAGAAAAAUUAUCUCAUAAUAUAAUUGGUUUUCAUUUGGCGAGAGAAAAAAAUAAUUCAAAUGAUAUAAGCUUUAUGACACUUGGUGGUAUUGACCAAAAUGCUAUUGUAGAUUCUAUUGGAUAUAAUACUGCAAAUGUUUCAUUAGGGUUUUGGUUAAUCCGAUUAAAUGGCAUUAUGGUUGAUGGAAAGUCGAUUGUAGUUAAUUUAAUUCAUACCAAAAUUCCCGGUGCUAGACUUUAUCGACAACCUGAGCUUGGUGAGCUUUGGGUUGUUCCAUGCAAUACAAAAUCUGUAAUUUCAUUAACAUUUGAUAACGGAACAUAUUCAAUCGAUCCUAUUGAAUUUGUUAUAAAAGUUAGUCAACCGAGUCAAUAUUGUGUUUCAGGUAUACAAUCAAAUACUGAAAACUAUUGGUUAAUUGGUGAUGUGUUUUUGACAAGUGUUUAUAGUGUAUUUGACUUUGAUAAUUAUAAA